AGUGGCAGCCACGCGAGCCAGUGCGUGGCGACAGGGACGUGGUCCCAGUCAUGGGCGGGGAAUCAAUGAAGCAUCUUAUUUUCCGACCCUCCACUUAGCGGCGACCGGGCGGAGGUGCCGCCGGGGUCGCAGGAAUUUCCAAGCCUGCUGUGCUACUAGCUGAAACCUGAUUUAAGCAAAGUGCCAACACGGGAUUGUCUUUCAUUUUUGUACUUGGUAGCAUUCCUCAAAUUCUUUUCACAUCUUCUCUUACUGUAAAAAAACUACACCGAAGUUAGAAAAAUGAAGCAGUUGAAAAGGAAAAGGAAAAGCAAUUUUAGUGUUCAAGAAACCCAGACCCUUUUGAAAGAAAUUACGAAAAGGAAGGAAGUCAUUUUUUCCAAGCAGCUCAAUACAACGAUCAACGUGAUGAAGCGCCUGGCGUGGGAGGAGAUCGCGCAGUGCGUGAACGCCGUGGGGGAGGGCGAGCAGAGGACCGGCGCCGAGGUGAAGCGCAGGUACCUGGACUGGCGGGCGCUCAUGCGGAGGAAGAGGGUGAAGGCCGACGUCAGGCUCGCCGGCCCGGGCUUCCCGCUGCCCUGCUCCGACCCGGAUGACUCCCUCACGGAGGAGAUGGACGAGAAGGUCGGCUUUCGAAGCGAUACAAAUUUUGAUUGGCAGAAUGUGUCGGAUUUUAGGGAUGCAGGUGGACCCUUAACGGAGGUCAAAGUGGAACAGGAAGAGAGAGAUGCUCAGAGUCCUGAGUUUGAGAUCGAGGAGGAGGAAGAAAUGUUGUCAUCGGUCAUACCAGAUUCCAGGAGGGAAAAUGAACUUCCGGAUUUCCCCCACAUUGAUGAGUUUUUUACUCUGAACUCAACCCCAUCCAGAUCUGCGUAUGAUGAGUCCCAUUUGCUUGUAAACAUAGAGAAACAGAAACUAGAGUUGGAAAAACGGCGACUGGAUAUUGAAGCAGAAAGAUUGCAGGUAGAAAAGGAGCGUCUACAGAUUGAGAAGGAGAGGCUGCGGCAUUUAGACAUGGAGCACGAACGACUCCAGCUGGAGAAGGAGCGGCUGCAGAUUGAAAGAGAGAAGUUGAGGCUACAGAUAGUCAGCUCAGAGAAACCGUCUUUGGAAAAUGAAUUUGGUCAAGGAGAGAAGUCCAUGCUUCAGCCACAGGACAUAGAAACAGAGAAGCUGAAACUUGAGAGAGAACGCUUGCAGCUGGAAAAAGACAGGCUGCAGUUUUUGAAAUUUGAAUCAGAGAAGCUGCAGAUUGAAAAGGAACGCUUACAAGUAGAGAAAGAGAGGCUUCGAAUUCAGAAGGAAGGACACUUGCAGUGAUUUAUCUAGGUCUCCACUUAGCAAAUGUUUGUAAACCGUAGAUUUUUCCCAUAUAUUAGGUAAUAUAAAAAUGGUUGCAGGAUUAGCUAUGUUUUUUUUUCCUGUUUAAUGCCAGUGUUUUCAAUAAGAAAAAGAUAGAUAUAUGUGGGUAAUUGAAUGCAUAUAAGUAGUAUAUUAUAAAAAUUAUGUGCCCUAGCAUAAACAGUACAGCCAAAACUAUUGUGCUGUACUUUUUAAAUUAGUAAAAUUACAUAGUCUUGUAUAAUCUGUGCACUCAGAGUUCACAGUUAUGUCUAUGUAUAGUUCUAGCUCAGUGGUUCUUGACUAGGAGUGAUUUUGACCCUCAGAAGAUAUUUGACAGUGUCCAAAGGCAUUUUUGGUUGUCAGAACUGGGAAGUGGGGAGGGUUGCCAUCAGUAUAUAGUGGGUAGAGGCCAGGGAUGCCUCCAUAGUGCAGUGCACAGGAUACACCCCUACAAAAAAGAAGUAUGUAACCCGAAAUGUAAGUAUUACUGAGGUUGAUAAACCCUAUCCUAACCUUCCUGGGCACCUCUAUAACUGUUUUAUAGUUUCAGAAUAUUAAGCCUCUGAUGUUUAUGUGGGUAGUUACUUAUAUGGCCGAACCUUAACUGAAACAUUACUGUGUAGUUCAUUAAUAUAGGAAUUAAUGAAGAUUAUAGGUAUUUUAUUCCCAUGUUUCCAUCCAUAAAUAACCUGAGAUUCAGAAAACAAUAUAGGAAACAUCGAGAUUGUCUAAAAUGGGUCACUUUGAAAAGAAGUUCAUUCAUGUAGCUGUUGGUGCUUUAGAAGCAACACACACUUCUUAUCCUUUAGUUCCCUUCUUUGAAUCCAUUAUCUUAGUUUAGAUACAAAAAUUUUCAUUUCAACCAUGUACUGAAAUCUUAGUGUUAAGUGAAUAGUUGAAGCUUGUAAAAAUGGUAGCAAUAUAAAAAUUGUACCAAUAGUUCAUGAACUUGAACUCAAAGAGUGGUUAUAUAAUUUUUACAAUAAAUAGUAGCAGCUACUUGGGAGUGGGAGUUGGGGUUGGGGGAGAAUGUCCUCUGUAUCAGAUAAUAAGGGUGGUGAUGAAAUGAUAGUAGCUGUGUGUGAAUGAAUUAGGGACACUUACUGCACACUAUCUGAUCUAGUCUGUAGAACAGUUUUUGAGAGUAGAAAAUCUAUUAUUAUUCCUGAAUCUGAGGCUCAGAGAAGUCACAGAGUGAGUAAAUGGCUGGUCUCAUAUACUGUGAUGUAUUUCAUCUUUGCCCCUCCCUGAAGGAACAGUUUGUAUCUUUAAACCCCUUGGUAUUUAUUCUGAGACCAAGGGCUUGCUAACCUUGCCUUCAUCCCCUGAAGGUGCUUUUCCAGAAUUCAGGUGAUUCUAAUGCACACUAACAUUGAGAAUCACUGCACGAGAUCACUUUGUGUUUUCUGAUUUACAGGGCUGAUAAUGUAGCUUUAAUACAUCUCUUCUGGUGACAGAUACUACCUUGAUUCUGCAUUUGUUCCUUGUUAAUUUAAGAAUGUCUUGAAACCAUAUGUGAUAUUUGAGUAUGGGUAUACAAGGAAAAAAUAUACUUCUGCUUAGUUUCUUUGACUUUAAAAUAGUGUUAUUUUUCUAUAACUGAAAUAAAUACUUCUACCAUAGAAAUAAAAUUUGCCUAUGCUAACUA